AUGCAACAGCCCAAAACACAACCACCUACGUCAGUGCUUAGAUCUUGUGCUAAUAUUUCAUUAGGGAUCUUUCAUUUUCCAUUCCUUAUAAUGACAAAAAUCACUCAAAAACUUUUAAGCCCUGUUAAACGUAAUCAAAGACGUAUUCAAAAUCGUUCUCCGACUUUUGUUUUUAAAAUAAUAUGGACGCUUGCAUUAUUAAUAGGAGAAAUUAUUAUUUUUUCGUAUUCAAUGCGAAAAUGUUCUUGGCCAGAACAUAAGAAUUGGAACACCACAGCAACAAGGCCUAUUCAUGUUGCAAUAAUCGCUGACCCACAAAUAAUUGAUGAUUAUUCUUAUGGCCGAACCGGUAUACUUCAGAGAAUUUCUGAAAUAUAUCCUGAUAUGUAUAUGAGAAAGAAUUGGAUAAAUUUACAAAAUAUAUUUGAUCCUGACGCAAUAAUAUUUCUUGCGGGGAAUCAUGAUAUUGGUUUCGGAGAUCAUGUAAUUCCAGAAGCGUUUUACAGAUUUCGAAAAGAAUUUGGACCAUUAAGUUAUAUGACAAAUAUUGGUAAUCAUUCAUUUAUAGCUUUAGAUACAAUAACUUUGAGUGGUUCUAACGAAACUUUGAAAAAGGAUGCGAAAGAAUUAAUACAGAGGCUCGAGAAUGAUACAACGAAUUCCCUUCCUCGCAUAUUAUUAACACAUGUUCCUUUGUAUCGUCCGCCGAAUACUGAUUGUGGAACACUUCGACAACAAAGUCGGUAUAUUAAACAAGGUGCUGGCUACCAAUAUCAGAAUUUAAUAGUAGAAUCGUUAACAAAUUAUAUUUUAAAUAAUAUAAAGCCAAUGUUAAUAUUUAGUGGAGAUGAUCAUGAUUAUUGUGAAAUUCUACACGAUGAAUUAGAUGGAAUUCCUGAAAUUACAGUUAACAGCUUCAGUUUUGCAAUGGGAAUUAGCAGACCGGGUUUUUUGCUUUUAAGUCUUUAUAAUCCUUUAAAUAAUAAUAGUUCAACAGAAACCAACUUUACAACAUUUGCUUAUUCUCAAUGCUUACUACCGAAUCAAAUUCGAAUAUAUAUUUGGUAUAUAAUAUUAAUAAUUGCAACAAUAUUUUGUAUUUUUUCGCACACAUUUAUUAAACUAAAAAGAAAUGCUGAAAUAUUACCUAUAUGGAAAAGAUAUAAUCAGAAAAGAAAAUGGAUGAUAUUUACUUCACGAUACUGGAAGACGAUAGGCAAAGAAAUUGGUGAUAUUGCUUUAAUUGCGCUUAUAAUUUACUUAGUUUGUUGGAUAUGGUUUUUACUUUAA